UCAGGCGAAGCCAUUAACCCCGAAGGUUUCAGCUACCACAGCACAGGUAGCAGCAGUCCAACCAAAGGAGAAAGACAAGGAGGAUCAAAACCUCACACAGGUGAGACCCACUGACGUAAAGCACAAAAUCCAGAUGAGAGAACCAAAGGUGGAUCAAGGCUCCAGAAACUGGAGAAAAUGUCCUCCAUUGAACUGAAAUGGAUUUCCAAGUUUGCAGUGGAUGUAAAGCUGGACCCAACCACUGCACACAGAUGCCUUGUUUCUGCUGAUGGGAAGAAAGUGAGUAACGGAGGAGGGAACCAGGAAGCUCCUGGGAGGUUUGGCAACGUCCUGGGACUCAACAGGUUGACUUCUGGGAAGUCGUACUGGGAGGUUGUUGUGAGCAACAAGACGGGGUGGAAUCUGGGUGUAGCGAGAGGCAAUGCAAACCACAGGGGGAAACUUUCACUGAACCCAGAUAACGGUUACUGGGUUACUGAGUAUUAUGGCAACAAGUAUGCAGCCCUUACAGCUUCACCAGUUCAGCUUUCCCUGAAAGAGAAACCACAAAAGGUGUGGGUGUUUGUGGACUACGAGGAAGGCCUUGUGUCCUUCUCCAAUGUGACGGCUCGAUCUCACAUCUGCUUGUUUACUGAGUGUUCGUUCAACGGAGAGAUCUACCCCUAUUUCAGUUUGCACCUUAAAGAAAAUGGUGAAAGUGCCGAUCCUCUGAUUAUCUCAACUGUGUAAUCUCAACCAGUAAUGCAUGCUAUCAUGAGUGUGUGUGCAACAUACUCUUGCUGCUUACUUCUUUCAUAUUUUUUUAAGGUUAAUGUAGUUUUUGUUGAAGCUGUAUUUUGUAGGGGACACAUGAGACACAAAAAUGGUGGAUAUCCAACACAUCCUCACUCCAACCUCGUUGCAUAUUGACGUUUUGGUCAUGGACUUUCCACAUCCACAUAAUUCGUGAAAGGUACCCUGAGUGCAUUGGUUGUUGACAUUCUGGGACACCGUGUCAAGUUCUGUUCUUUAAAGACAGACUUCCGUUUUUACAGGAAACUUCACGUUUACAUACAGUCUCUUUACACAAACGCACUACAUCGGUACAACACCACACAUUGGAUUUUUUUCCUGUAACAACUAACAUGCAUGGUUUGGUUUAGGCACUAAGAACACAUGGUUAAGUUUAGGCA